AUGGGGAAUUCAGCCGGAAAGGAAAAUGACAUCAACAACUUGAUGCAUGUGACGAUAGUUAAAGACGCUGACCUGCCAAAAGACCAGGUCGCACAGAACAAUGCUACAGUGUGGAAGAUAAUAAACGAGCGAUAUUGGGAGUUGGAGAUGAACAAGUUUAAAGGGUUCGACGAGUUCAACUUCUUCCGGGCCAUUAACCCCGCAUUCCACCUGGAGAAGGAAGAGAAGAAACCUGGCAUAGUUGUUGGGGACCAGGAUACUUUCCAGAUGUAUAAGGAGCUGUAUGAUUUUUGUUACACUGAUGCCUACACGGAGGAGAAGAAGGAAGAGGAGGAGGGAGAGAAGAACGCGGAUCAGAUUGAGGAUGAGGAGGAGCCAGCCCCUCCUGUUCCUGAAAGUAGACUCUUUAAUUUCAACGCUAACCAUUUACCCAAUGUAGAGGAUGUGACUGCAAUAAAACGAUUGUAUUUAAAGGCUGAGCGAAACAUUAUAGGAUUGCCACUUCUUCCGGGCAUCAUCUCAGAGGAACAAUUAUUAGAAAUAAGGGACGUCCUGGUAACAGCCUGCAAAAGUUUUGAAGGGAUGCUAGAGAUUAAGGAGAGCAAUACCUUUAAGCUGGAUGAAGUUAAACCCAAGAAGUUGAAAGAUCUGACUGACCGUGGAAUAGUGGGAAAGCCUGAAGAUCCUUACUCGAAAUCGGCUGGCGUAGCCAGAUGGUGGCCACAAGGUCGGGUGGUAGCAAAUGGAGUUGACAACAAAUUUCAAAUUGUCAUGAACCAAUACGAGCAUCUGAAGGUGGAAUGGACCGUUCACCAUGGAUCUUCCGUGAAUGCUUUUCACACGUUCUUCAAGUCGCUCAACAACUUUCAUAAACACUUGAAGCGAAAGCAGUUGGGUGGAUUUUGGAAGGAUCCCAAAUAUGGAUACAUUUCAGUUGAUCCAACAAAGUUUGGUACAAUGUUCACCUGUGAGCUAGAUUUCAUAGUCCACGCUAUUCCGAUGUAUUUUUCAAAGGAAGAAUUCGUUGAAGAAUGUGCCGAUGUUUUAGGAAUAAUAGUAAUACCGUUGGAAUCUGAUGAGAGGAACAUGUUCACUAUGCGGGUGAGGGAUCCCCAGUGGAUGGACGAAGUUGAGCAACUGGGACUUCUUCUCAACUCCAUCAACAGGCUUGCGCAGAGUGAUAGGUCGCUUUAUUUCUCUCCCAGAAACGCUGGCGACACUCUCUUUAAGUUUGAGUAGCUGAGAAAGGUUUUAUGAGGAGUGAGAGUUAGUGAUCUAUUGCUGAAUGAAUUGUUGUAACUUUUGUCUCGCUUGUAUACGAAGAGUAAUAUUGCAAAACCAGGCCUUAUUAUUUCAAUCCUGCACUACUGUUUUCUUGUUUAAAUGUUAAAGGAAACGUCAUUUCCCAAGCUUAAGUUUAAUUUUUCUUUGUAGAUAAAAUGAAAAAAGUGAGUUUGUAGAGGGCAGAAAUUUUCAAUCUAAUUAAAUUUGCUCAACAAGAACUUAUAGAUUUGCUGUCUGAUGAGUAAAGAGUGAUAUUUAGAAUAAUUCCAGAUUCUAUUUGUUAUAGUAAUAAGAUAUUAAUGGAA